AUGGUUAUAAACUCCAUAUUCAUCGUAAUCACAGUACUCACUCUUAUUUCAAGCCAUGGCAUUACAGGUUAUCCUGCACGACCUGAUUUUAUGCCAAUCGAUAAGCAGUUGCGAUAUUAUGAAGUUAUUACAUUUCCAAAGAUCAAUAAUCGACCACAACAAAUCGAAUCAACAUGGGUAACCAUUAACUUUACGGCUUAUCAACAACAGUUUAUUCUAAAGUGCACCACUGACCGUACAUUAUAUUCCUCUGAUUUUGACAUCAUUUAUAGUAAUGGAAGUAAUUACAACGACGAUAAAUUCAAUCGACGUCGCCUUGUUACUGGAUUUGUCGCUGAUAAUGUUAUGUCCAAUGUAUAUGGCUAUCUACAUGUUAAUGGGGCGUUUCAGGGUCACAUUCGUUACAAUCGGACACACUAUUUUAUUGAGCCUGCUGAACUUUACUUUUCAAAUGUAUCUACUGAUCAAUUUAUCAUUUAUGCAUUAAAUGAUGUGAUAUCGCUUAAAAAUUUAACUUCUAAAAAUGAUGAAGAGACAACAGGUAGAAGUUCAAGAUCGAUUUCGAAUAAUGCUAAUAAAUAUUUCGAUAUAUUAAGACCAAAUCCGGAUAAUCGACUACAAUUUGAUGAUGAAUUCAUAGAUCAUGAACGUAUAAAACGGACUGCUAAUGCAGCUAGUGCACCGAUGGCGUGCGAUAUUUUGAUUCAUGUAGAUCAUACCUAUACAGAAUUACAUCGCACUCCAUCAAAUGUGGCCAUUUCUGUCAGUAUCUUAUUACAAGGAAUUAAUCAGUUGUAUCGUCCAAUUGAUUUCGACGGUAACGGUCGUGGCGAUGGGGUUAACGUUUUAUUCGGACGGUUAAAAAUUAACACAACUAGCGAUCGCUACGCUAGCAAUAAUCCUUAUUCCGGAACUAUUGGCUCAUCAGUUGACUAUAUCUUAGCCGCUUCUGCUGAAAAUAACACCGAUUAUUGCUUAUUUUUUGCUUUAUCAGCUCGAAAUUUCAGCGGAGGUGCAUUGGGAAUUGCAUUCCAAAGUCCAACUCCAGGUGAUGCUGGUGUUUGUUCCUAUUUUGGUACUUUCUUUCAUUUGAGGCUUGGAUUUAAUACCGGGAUUGUAAGUAAUUUAUUCCGUAGGCAUAUUAUGCCCUAUGCACGCAUACUUUUAGUCUGGGCUCAUGAAAUUGGACAUUCUUAUGGUGCUGACCAUGAUCCUGCAGAUAAUACAACUUGCAGCCCAAAAAAGCAAGGCUUGUACUUAAUGACGGCAAAAUCAGAAUCGAUCGAUUUACCUAAUAAUGAUGAAUUCUCGAUAUGCAGCAAGUCUCAGAUUGCACCUCACUUAGUUCGUGGUAAGUCAUCAGUUGGCUGUUUUAAACAUCAUCCCGUACCUACAUGUGGUAACGGAAUCAUCGAUCCUGGUGAAGAAUGCGAUUGUGGUUACUACGGACAUUGCAAUCAGCCUUGUUGUAACCCACCCUAUCUUCGCAUCCAGGAUACACCUUAUACUCAACCUAAUGGAUUUCUGUAUGUUCCUUGCAAACUUAAAUCAACUAUUUCCUGCAAUAUUACUAGCAAUCCAUGCUAUAACAAUGCUACAGGAAUGUACUACAGUACGAAAGAUAAGUACAUUUGUAUUCCAGAAACAGCUUGUACUUAUGCAUCACAUUGUACCGGCAAUCAACUUUUAUCAACUUGUCUACCAGCUCAAAAUAAGCCCAAUAUCAUAACAACAUGUCUUGAUGAUUAUAAAGUCUGCCUAAAUGGUCACUGUAAUGGUUCAUUAUGUUUGCAACAUGGUUAUAGUCAGUGUAAGAGCUCCAAUAUUAGCAGAGAUUGUGAAUUAUGCUGUCAAGACUCUCUCGGUCAAUGCUCAGCCAUAUCAGAACUAGCCAAAUUCACCAAUACCAGUCGAAAGCAUGUCCUACGAGGUUCAGCAUGUUCCCAUUCGAAAGGUUAUUGCGAUCAAAAAGGCCGCUGUCACCUUGUUCUCAAUCCAACUUUUAGCUAUGCUCAAUCAUUUCUAGCAGUAUCAGCAACUUUUGGAGCUAUUAUAACCCAAUUUUUAUCUAAUUAUUACUGGAUUCCAAUUGUUAUUCUAGCGAUGUUUUUUCUUAUAGGGGUAAUCUACUUUUGGAAAAAAAGUCAGAGCAAAGCUAAUGAUGACAAAUUUUACCAAAACGGAGGUUAUCAUAGCUAUACCAAAUCAGUAGCCUUGUAA